AUGGCACCUGUCACUAAUGGCCAAUUUUCUUUUAACGUUGACACAUUCUAUGUCGCCGCGUCGGGCGGACAGAUCCACCGUCGUGCAGCGCCCCCUGAGAUCAAAGCCCUCUACGAUACUGUGACUAUAGAAAAGAGCACGCCAGACCACCCAGGACACUGGUAUGAAGCGCAGCUUCUUCACUAUGGCCUGCCGCCGUCAAAGGUCAAAGCAACUGCCAAGAUGAGGUUGUUAAAAGCUUUGCAGGAUGGCGGCUUAAGUGUUCCCAAGGAAACUUUGCAAAUCGAAAAGAACCUGAAAAAGGAAUGGAAGAAACAUGGUUCGGAGGAACGGAUGCAGGCCAAUACCAAGACCACAACGACCAAAACCGUUAUAACCAAGAUUACCACGGUUUCCAAGACUGUGGCGUCCGAAACUACCGAGAACAAGACUGCUACCUCCAAAGCCGCGGCUAAACCUGCAGCGACUAAGGCUACUGUUGCUAAAAUUGCUGCACCCAAGGAUGCUGCCCGGAAGAAGGAAGCCGCACCUAAAACGACUGCCCCGAAAUCAACUCCUGCUAAAUCUACGGCAACUAAGCCCGCUGCCUCCAAAGCCGCGGUUAAAGCUUCGACGGCCAAAGCCACUGCUCCCAAGACUACUGCUCCCAAGACUACUGCUCCCAAGACUACUGCUCCCAAGACUACUGCUCCCAAGACUACUGCUCCCAAGGCCACUGCUCCCAAGGCUGCUACUCCCAAGGCUGCUACUCCCAAGGCUGCUACUCCCAAGGCUGCUACUCCCAAGGCUGCUACUCCCAAGGCUGCUACUCCCAAGGCUGCUGCUCCUAAGAAGACUACGGCACCCAAGUCUACUACCCUCAAACCUACGACAGCGAAAACUGCAGCUCCUGGACCUGCUACGUCCAAGAGAAAGAGGGCCACGACUGAUGAGGAGACAUCGAAUUCACCACAGACCACCAAGCAGCGCGUCUAUGGUGGUAUCAAAGCCGAAGAAAACACGAGCAUCUCUCCGAGUAGUCACACAGGGCUGAGCGGAUGGCCUGGGCAGCGAGAGUCCCAGGAUGCGCCUCCUUCUUACGAGGAUGCCUGCAGAAUGAUCGAGGGACAUUAUUACAAUCCUCUAGAUGACCAGAUGGUUAUCGACAGCGACGGUUAUGGCCAUCCCAAAUCUGAAUCCUCAGACCCGGGAUCUCCGCCUCGAACGCUGAAAAACACCCUGGGCCUACUGAAUGGGACAUAUAAACUCCGUUCUCCCGAUAUUGAAUACCAAUGGCCUCAUCAGUUACCACAAGAAGGAAUGACUCUGUCGCUUCGCCUCAAUGGGAAGGAGAUAUGGGGGACAUAUAGCCUCGGCAUGUUUGAGGGUGUGUUUUGGAUGCCAGAGCGACCCAUGAAACCAUCAUUUGAGGCCAUUCCAUUUUAUUGGCGUGGAAGAGACACCGGUGAAGGUGAGAUGAGUUUCGAUUCUGAAAAUGAAGGCUGGAUUGAGUUUUCGGGUGAGGGUGAUAUUAAAGGGAUGAUCAACUGCUGUGGUAAUCUCACGUUCCGGGGGAAGCGUAUCAACGGUUCUGUUCGAACAGCAACUGAUAUCCGUGAGGAAUGGGACGGGUACAAUGAGAGUGAAUACGAACGAGAAAGAGUUUCUCGAUGGCAUUAG